AGACCGGAAGUGGUUUGCUGGGGGAAUGGGGAGCGAGUAGAAUUGCCGCUAGACGGGCGAGAUGCGGGGCUCCCGGCGCUGGGCUGGAGGUGAGAAGGAAGAACGGCAACGUCUGAUGGGAGUGGACCAGAGUCCGCUGACGGGAGACAUUCCGGGGUCAAGGAUGCAUUCCAACAAAGUUCUAAAAAUACAUCACCAACUCCAACCUGAUAGUUGACGUAGCCAUGGAAAACCUCAUUGCAGCCUCACUAAAGCAGACCAUAACUGGCACACUUAAAACUCUUCCCAUCAAAAAACAUCAGGAAUGAAAAUCUAAGAUAUAUAUCUGCCACUUCAAGAAAGUUCCUGUACUGACCAACAGUCUAACAGAUCAGCUAGUUUCUUUGGUCAUCAAGCAGACAUACUCAAGCUACUAAUACAGCAGUGGAAAAUGCUUCUAUAUAAAUACGUUGCACAUUAUAUGUGUGAUCCAUUGGUAGGUCAUGAGAUCAUUUUUUGUGAGUCACAAUGAACAUUUAAGACAAAAAAUAUAAAAUGUCAGAGUGCUUUGCAUAAAUACUUUGCCAGAAUUAUGCAUAUUGCAAGGACUACGAAGGUCAGUUACAAUAUGUGAAAAGAUAUUUGAUGGAGGGGAUAUGAUGGAUACAAUGUAUAUUGGCUAAAAUGGUUUUUCAGUCAUUUGUCCACUGGUGUCUUGUUUCGUUUUCAUAAUAAAGUUGGUGUGCAGUCUAGUUUUCUAUUAUUAUGACUUGCAACUAGAUGUAAAGUCUGAGAUGUUAAACAGAUUCAGUUGCAAACUGCAUUUUUUUGAAAGAUGUUAUCUAGGCUAUGAAAAAUAUAUAUAUAUAUAUUAUAUGUAUAAUAUAUAUUUGAGUUUGUGGUAAUCAUAACAUUUUAAUCAAAAUUGCUUUUAAAAUGGACCAUUUCUUUUUUAAAAGAAAGAGGAAUAAUGAAGUGAAAUAUUCAGAAGCAUGUUCAAGUUCAACUGUUGGAUCUGGGAGUGUGAAUAGUGACAAUAUUGAAAAAAAUAUUGACUCUAAUCUGCAAACUUCAUCUUCAUUUGAGCCACAUUUCAAAAAGAAAAAAGUAAGUGCAAGACGAUAUAACGAAGAUUAUUUAAAAUACGGUUUUAUCAAAUGUGAAAAACCCUUUGAAAAUGACAGACCUCAGUGUGUUAUUUGUAAUAGUAUUCUUGCAAAUGAAAGCUUAAAACCUUCAAAAUUAAAAAGGCACUUAGAAACUCAGCAUGUUGAACUUAUUGAUAAACCUCUUGAAUAUUUUCAAAGAAAGAAAAAGGAUGUAAAGUUAUCAACACAAUUUCUUAGCUGUUCUACUGUGAGUGAGAAGGCCUUAUUAUCAUCAUAUUUAGUUGCAUAUCGUGUGGCAAAAGAGAAAAUGGCUCACACAGCUGCUGAAAAAAUUAUUCUUCCAGCAUGUUUGGAUAUGGUGCGUACAAUUUUUGAUGAUAAGUCAGCCGAUAAAUUAAAAACUCUACCUAGUGAUAACACAGUAUCUCUUCGAAUUUGUACUAUUGCAGAACAUUUAGAAACAAUGCUGAUUUCUCGGUUACAAUCUGGUAUAGAUUUUGCAAUCCAGCUUGAUGAAAGCACUGAUGUCGGAAGCUGCACACUUUUAGUUUAUGUCAGAUAUGCAUGGCAAGAUGAUUUUAUGGAGGAUUUUUUGUGUUGUUUACAUUUAACCUCACACCUAAGUGGAUUAGAUAUUUUUGCAGAAUUAGAAAAGUGCAUUGUUGGUCAAUAUAAACUAAACUGGAAAAACUGCAAAGGAAUUACAAGUGACGGAACAGCAGACGUAACUGGGAAACAUAGCAGAGUAAUUAAAAAAUUGCUAGAAGUUACUAAUCAUGGUGCUGUGUGGAAUCAUUGUUUUAUACAUCACGAAGCGUUCGCAUCCAGAGAAAUUCCACAGAACCUCAUGGAAGUGUUGAAAAAUGCAGUGAAAGUCGUUAAUUUUAUUAAAGGAACCUCACUAAAUAGCCAACUUCUCGAAACAUUUUGUUCAGAGAUGGGAACAAACCAUACCCACUUACUAUACCAUACCAAAGUUCGUUGGUUGUCUCGAGGGAAAAUACUAAGUAGGGUUUACGAACUCAGGAAUGAGAUUCACAUUUUUCUCGUUGAAAGAAAAUCUCAUUUGGCAAGUAUCUUUGAAGAUGACAUUUGGGUAACGAAAUUGGCCUAUUUAACUGAUAUUUUUAGCAUUCUUAAUGAACUAAGUUUAAAACUGCAGGGGAAAAACAGUAAUAUAUUCCAACAUGUCGAACGUAUCCAAGGAUUCCGAAAGACAUUAUUGUUAUGGCAAGCAAGGCUUAAAAGCAAUCAUCCUAGCUACUACAUGUUUCCAAGAUUUUUGCAACAUAUUGAAGAGAAUAUUAUUAAUGAAACCAUUUUGAAAGAAAUAAAAUUAGAAAUAUUAUUGCAUCUCACUUCUCUCUCUCAAACUUUCAACCUUUUCUUUCCAGAAGAGAAAUUUGAAACAUUAAGAGAAAACUGUUGGGUAAAAGAUCCAUUUGCUUUUCGAAAUCCAGAAUCAAUAAUUGAGUUAAACUUGGUGCCUGAAGAAGAGAAUGAAUUACUGCAGCUCAGUUCUUCAUAUACAUUGAAGAAUGACUACGAAACAUUAAGUUUAUCAGCAUUUUGGAUUAAGAUAAAGGAAGACUUUCCUUUGCUAAGUAGGAAGAGUAUCUUACUGUUAUUACCAUUCACAACAACUAGUUUGUGUGAACUAGGGUUUGCAGUUUUGACCCAGUUAAAAACGAAGGAAAGAAGUGGAUUGCAUGGUGCAGCAGAUAUGCGGGUAGCAUUAUCCUCCUGUGUCCCAGAUUGGAAUGAACUUACGAACAGGCAGGCACACCCAUCACAUUAAAUAAAUCUUACCUGGUUCUUGUU